AGUGUGCAUGAUUGUAGCUGCUGCCAGUUAAACACUGCCCAUCCUAUUGCAAAGCUACUGUAUUCAUAGCCAGGUGCCAUGGCUGGACUAGCUCUGUCAGGCUUUGGGAGAUGCACCCAUGCUAUAGUUCGUGCAAUUCCUGACUCUUUAUGUCAAGAAGCUCUGAGGACAGAGAAAGGCAGUGUGGUGGAUAUCUCUCUGGCUAGGAAACACCAUGAGCAGUAUGUUGGGGUGCUGAAGAAUAAACUGGGGCUGAGUGUGAUAGAGCUUCCAGCAGAUGAAUGCCUCCCAGAUGCACCCUUUGUGGAAGAUGUGGCUAUUGUGUGUGAGGAAACUGCCCUGAUUACCAGACCUGGGGCACCUAGCAGGAGGAAAGAGGCUGAAGCUGUGAAGAAAGCACUGCAGGAUCUUCAGCUAAAUGUGGUAGAAAUGACAGAUGAAAAUGCUACUUUAGAUGGGGGAGAUGUUUUGUUUACAGGAAGAGAAUUCUUUGUGGGUUUGUCUAAAAGGACCAAUCAACGUGGUGCUGAAAUUCUGGCAGAUACCUUUAAGGAUUAUGCCGUUUCCACUGUGCCAGUGUGUGAGACAUUGCACUUGAAAAGUUUCUGCAGCAUGGCCGGACCAAACCUCAUUGCCAUCGGCUCGAGCGAAGCUGCCCAAAAAGCUCUAAAGACCAUGCAGCAGAUGAGUGAUCACCGCUACGACAAGCUGACAUUGCCUGACGAUGCUGCAGCUAACUGCAUUUAUUUGAACAUUCCAAGCAAAGGGCACGUUCUGCUGCACCGUGCACCUGAAGAUUUUCCAGAGAGUGCAAAGGUCUUUGAAAAGCUGAAGGAACACAUGCUGAUUCCACUUCCCAACACUGAGCUUGCAAAAGUAGAUGGAUGUCUGACCUGCUGCUCCCUCCUUAUUAACAAAAAGACAAGUCUUUGAGUUGGUUCAAAGCCCAUGUAAAUGGCUAUACUGUACGUGCCAGAUAGCAGAGUCUGUGGCCACUUACAAUUUGUUGAUUUGUACUGACAAUCUACCACUGUGCUACUAAAUCAGUUCCUAUUUCUGUUCAGGUACUAUUCCCGUGUCUUGUGGUUGAAUAGGGCUGGCCAAAUAUUGCCAUGAAUGAGUCUAUCUCAUUCAAAUCUCUGACCAAAUAGUUUCAGGUCAUUUACGUUUUCCAGAUAUCCGUGUCAUUCAUUGUCACGGGGCUGAGUUGCUCAGCCAAAUCUAGUAACGCUUUGGACUUGAAACUUAAUAUGUUGCUUUUUUAAGUGAUCUAAGACAACCUGACGCACCAACAUACUUUGGGAGGGUCAUAUUUACUAAGUGCUGGUCAGGAUUAAUCUCACAAGCUGUAAAUUUUAUGUGCAAAAAAUAACUGGAGUCUGAGCUGUGUCACUUCGUCAUCUGACUCAUCUGCAGCAUUUACUUUGUAAAGGAACCCUGAUAUUGAUGCACAUUGUUGCAUUAGCUUUCAAAGGUUACUUUUAGGAACCUGUUCCUUUAAUUAUAUCUAGGAGGCAUUAAUGCAUAAGAAGCUUCUGCUGCUCACAAUUUUCUUAACGGCAUACCAAACAUUCUUUUUUAAAGCUAGAAUUUGGUGAGCAAAAUUGACAGUGAACUGUUGAUCGCAGGUGUGACGCUGCAUGUUGCAUCUAACCUGUGUUUGAGUUCAAGCAGCAUAGAAAACAAUGAGCUCUCUUAAAACAUACGUUCCAGUGUGGUGGAAUAGAUUAGAAAAGCUACCACACGGGAAUGCAUACUAUAAAAUGCCUGUCUGUAAGAGACUUUAGUGUGCUUAUGUAAUAAAAGGCACUGCGUUUGUCCAGGGGCAGUAACCCAUAGCAACCAUGCAGUAGGUAGCAUUUACUGGUCACCUGUUUAAAAGCAAACAUCUUAUUGUUUGCUAUGGGUUUCUGCUCCUGGAAACAUAGUGCCUUUUAUUACAUUUGCCUCUAGAACUGUUGCAGAAAUAAAAUUCCCAGCAUUCUUCUAAUGAAGAGUGCUCACCAGUGUUGCAGUUAGUCUACAAAGAAUCCUGAAAGAAGUACAAGUUAGCCCUAUACAAGUUACAUUGGCCACAGCAGAAUACAACCUUGGACACUUUUCACUAUUAUAUGAUCUAUUUUGAUUCUCAUUAUCAGAACUAAUAUUUGUUUUUUUUAUUAGACUUCAAUGCAGUAAUACAAUGCUGCUAGCUCACUGCAUAAUAACUGCAUAUUAAAAAAGGAAUGCAAAAUAAGGCAGAACAAUAGAUUGCUGUCUGUUUUAUGUAGCUCUUUAUCUUUCUGUUUGCUACUUUAAUUUGCUCUAAUGCUGCUUUGUGCAUUUCACCUGAAGAGUUAUAACAGAUAAAGAAUAUGGCUGGAGCCCAAGUACCCACACAGGUGUAUCAUGGCAGCCGUGCCAUGCAAUGAAGCCAUAGCAACCUACCAGCUUUCUUUUCUAAUAUACACUAGACCAGGGGCCCACAACCUUUUUUACUUUGAGCCACAUUCAAAUGUAAAAAGAGUUGGGGAGCAACGCAAGCUUAAAAAAAUGUUUCUACUGGUGCCAAAUGUGGGCCAUGAUUGGCUUUUUGGUUGCCCCUAUGUGGACUGUCAGCCUACAAAAGGUAAGUACAUCUGGGAUUUAUGCAACCAAGUAAAAAAUUCAAAAAUAAGCACCUGCUUUGAGGCCAGUGGGUGCGACAUGUUGCUCCCGAGCCAUUGAUUGGGGAUCACUACACAAGACUAAUUAUAGCCUACUGCUAACCAGUUGCUAAAGAUCACUGCACUAGUGCAACAGGUAAAUGCGCCCUAAGAAACCUAUAUGUAUGGCCCAUAGCCACUAUGGACUAAUAAAAUAGGUGACUUGAGACCAGCUCCUGAAGCAUCUGUGAUACAGGACUAGGUUAAUCUUAAAUAAAAGUACAUCUCAUUUAAUGUUAUGAAUAUCCCAUUGCAGUUUGUGGGACAAUGUGUGAUGUGUAAUUUUUCUCAUCAUAUUGUAUUCAAUUUAAAUAUGGUUCUUUCCAGGUGUUAAAGAAUUCAGGAUUUUUCCUGGCCUGGAUAAGUCCAUAAAUGGAACAAUAAUCUGGAUAGUAUCUCUAAACAAAUGAAACUGCAGCCUGUCAGAAUAUACAUUAGCAGUUUUAUAAUCUGCUGAUAUUGUCAGACACGUUGUGCAAUACAGAGUAUAAAGUGCUUUCCUGUACUUCUAAAAUGACAUGUGUGAGAUUACCCAUACCUGUUUGUGUGUGGUUGCUAUGCAGCACUCUGAUGUUUUAAGUUGGUUACGAGUGAUGACAGCUUAUUUACAUUUAGGUACAAACUGAAGUUACAGGGGAACAUUGGGAAAUCUGAAAUAAGGUAUGAUGAAAAAAUUCUGAAUAUGUUGGAGGUGACAUCUUUGCAGUGUCAUAAAUAGAUUGAUUUGUAAUUAGAGUAAACCUGCAUAAUAUAAUAACCAGAAAAACUGACUUUGCAGUAUUAGACCCUCUCGAAGUCAGAGAAUCUCAUGAAAACUCUAAAACAUCCUCAAACCAUCUGUGCUUCAGUUCUGCUGAGUCAGCUGUCUGACUGGAACACCCUUGCCCCUCUGUUCUACAGUGGCUCAGUAGCUUUAAGGCUAGUGGAACAUGUGGCCUUCUGUCCACCCAUGCCAUACACUGGAAAACAGAGGCAGGAAGAACCCUGUCCACUGUUCAUUUGUCCUGAUUGUGCACCAGCCAAGGAACCUGCCAUGUAAUACACAGAGUGAUGACAGACAGACAGACCAGAUGUCACCCAUUGCCAUUUAAUACCUUCAGGACUGGUAGUAAGUAGACAUGACUGUUUUCUGCCAGAAGGCAGUGGUUGUCAAAAUGUAAAUUCUAAAGCUCAACUCUCCUUUUAUUUUUAUGGCACUAUGCUAGGUCUGAGUUGGCUACAUUUAAUUCUUUUUAAUUUGUGAUCGUUCAGUCUUAAAUUGCACUUGUAAAAAUGCCAGUUGCAAUUUUCUGCAACUUUGCUGUCCAACCAUCAAUAAAUGUGCCCCUUAGACUGUGGGUGGCAAGUUUGUCAUACCAGUCAAACCAUGAUUUACAGCAACACUUAAAAACUCUAUCUUGCACGAGCUACAAAUCAGGAGAUCUAUCGCCUAAUGUAGGUCUCAUUAUAAAUCAUACUGUAUAAGCAACAUGCAUAAACUAUGGCAACAGCACUAAAAGAAACAAGAUUAAAACUCAAUAAGGAAUUAAUCAUCCAAUCAGGAAACAUCGUGUGACAGGGUAUCCACCGCAAUCAUGGAAAAGUCUAUGAAAACCAUACCACAAGUGCUUUAUGUCCCUGCUCCAUAAGGGCUAUUACCAUGGAUAACAGAGCACAGUAGGCAAUGGAAUUUACAGUGUAUCUGGAACAAUCACAAUGUAAUAUCACAUAAUCCAUCUUACAAAACGAAAGCAAUGAAAUAUCAAGUCAGGAACAAAACACUUUUAAAUGUUUAGACUAUUUUAUACUUCCUUUUGUCUUUAAACAUGUCUUUGAGUAAUGUGAUAACUACUCAGCCUUCCAUCCUAUUAAAAUAUAUAUCUUUCAGGAAAUUAAGCGGGAAUGGAAGGUUGCAUUUGAUGUUUGACACAGGAAUCAAAGUUGGAAUGCAUGCAGACAGAAUCCAGCAGAGACUGCGCUGUCAUGUGCAACCAAUAUAGCUCUUUUAUAAUAAAGUAAACUACUGGCUUGCUUGGUUGAAGUUACAGUACAUGGACAAGAAAGCUGAUUAAUGGCAGCACAUGUGCGUCAUGCUUUGUUUUAUUAUUGCAAUUUUUUAUGGGUUUCAGAACACAGAAACUUCUGGAAUUUGUUAAGCAGAAUUGGAAAAAUCCAUGAGCUAGACAGGACCAGCAGAGGGCGAUUUCCAGGCUACACUACAGCAGAGCAGGCAUGUUCAGGUGCUGAUUUUAUAGCAGCAGCAGUACCUGUUAUUCAGUGAUACAAAUAUAAACCCAGCAACUCACACAAAAUAGAAAUAGUUCUAGUUAGUCAGGAUUAUCCACCCAGAACUUUCUCCUAUAUAAUAUUGAGAUAUGCUUUUUUCUUGCUCUUUAGCACCAAAACUAAGGCUUUGCUAUUUUACACUGUGGCUAUAAAUUGUGUAAAGGUAUAUGAUCAAGACACUCUUUUAACCCAUUUCCUUGAUGGUGUCCCUGCAAAAGUACAGAGCUCUUGGCCACCCUGGAGGCCUCUUAUGUCUUGCACUAAUGCCUGGUGCUUUUCUCUUUAAAUAGUGCAAAAGCAAAAAGAUUGCUGUUUGGUACUUUGUGAUGGUCUGUGACCUUCCAGAUGCUGCAUGGUAUUACUUUGGUUAGCUCUGCUGUAUGCCUAUACCAGUGUUUUAUAGUAAUAAUGCUUAUUCUCGGCACUUUGUGGGGGACACAUUUGUUUAUUAGUUUAAUUCAGACACCAGACACUACAGUGUGAACAAAUUUUGCCCAUUUCUUGUCCCAUUUUCAUGUUUAUUUCCAAGCAGAAGUUUGUAAAUCCACAUCCUGGGGUGGUUUUUCCAUCUGUUAUGAAACAGCAGAAAAAAAAACAUCCUGAAUAUGCUGCAGUUUGCCAGAUUUUCCCACUUUGGCAAAUACAAAUGAUGAACAUGACUAUUCAUUUAAAUACCAUAAUAGAUCAAUGUGGGGCCAACUUAUUCUUAAUUCAUCCUAACACUAAUCUGAUAUUCUGCAUAUUUUACUGUGCCUUCGCAUAUUCUUUAUACACAAAUAUAUACACAAAUGCUGUUUCACUUUUAAUCUUUCUAAAUAAGCAAAUACAGCGUACCUUUUCUACAAUUUCCCUGACUUCCUCUCUCUCUGCCUUCUUAUUCUUGCUCUGACCUCUGAUUUGAUGUCAAAGCUCUGUGGCUUUUGCAAAGUGCCUAAGGUCACGCUGUUUGGUCUAUUCUUUUGUAAGGUGAGCACCAUAUAUGCAUAAAGUUGGACUGGCCUAACAGAGGAUCUCCUGAUGGGCUCAGACCCUAGUGGGCCCGGCCUAGGACAAGUCCCAUCAGCCUAAAUUCCUCUUCACACUAAAUAAUAGCAUGAAAUAAAGUCUAAAAAGACCCAGAGUGGAUUAUUAUCUCCUUCAAGACAUACAGUUGGUUUAAAUCUCUAAUACUAAAUUGCUGUGAGAGUGGUAGGCCUUGCAAAUGAAGUGCACAACUGAUUCCAAACCACUGCUUGGCACACAAAGCUUGUUUCGAGACUUAAUCAGGGUCCCCUGAGAAUGUUAGAUCCUUGUUUAGUGUUUAGGAUUGUGUUUAUGUUGCACUAAUGACACAAAGCAUAUAAAACGAAAAUGACUAGGGGAAAUGUACCGUAGUAACAAAUGUAUAUAGUGAGUUCCAGGUUUUAAAUGUUAACAAUGUCAUGUGGGGAAAAUGUGACUUCUGUGCCUAUUUUCUACAUUUUGUCUCUACAAAUGUCCCCCACCCCCACAAACCAGAAUAUUAUCUGUGCCUCUUGUUUUUUUGGAGUCAGUACCCAGCACCCAAGUGAUGUCUAAUGGCCUAUGCCACACAGGGCAUAUUCUCAGUCUGGGUUUAUCCACAGGCUGAGAUUAUGCCCAUGUGGCAGAGGCCUAAGGCUGUUGUCAGUAGAGGGGCAACUUUGGCUUCUCUCUACCUGCAUUUUCUCUGCAGGUGGAAAGAAGCCGAUGACAGGCACAGCAUUGGCCAGAGUGCAGACAAUAAACAGAUAUCAGCGACAUCCACUACGUGUGUUGGCACUGAGGCCAGCGCUGUGCCUGUCAGUGCAGAGACAUCAUGGAGCAGAGGGGAAUGCAUCAGCUUCUCUCUGCCUGCUGAAAAAAUGCAGAUGGAGAGAAGCUGAGGCUGUGUUGUGUCAGAAAUUACACUGAGUGGGCAGCUAGUUCUAUAAAUGCAACUUGACUGUGCUUUGAUAAUAGCAGAUCAUGUCAGAAUAACUGAGCUCUCCUCAGGACACAUCCAGUAACAUUUGGUAUAAAAAUACAUGCAGUGAGUGUGCAUCACAGCACCAGAAUAUACAGCUUUGAGUAUAAUUUCUGUAGUAAAACCUAGAUUCUGUAUUGUUAGCAAUCCUUUUCCCUAAAGACAUCUGUGUAUUUCGUAGCCUUUUACAAUGGGAAACUGAGCAGUAUUAUGUGAAAUAAAAUAUCACCUGAUCAAUGCA